GUACAGGAUUCGGUCGAUUAGAAUGAUAACUUAGAAAAUGGGGUGACUAAAGACGUUUUUAUUAGAAUCAACACAGUGGGUUACAAGACUGAUCAAAGGUAAGGAGACAAGAUCAGAGGUUUAAACGACAAGAUCAAAGAGAUGAUUAGGAAACCCUAAAUCUAGCCGCUUAGUAUGUGAUUUGUCCCAAAAGUCCUCUUUUCGUUGCCUCCUCCUUCUCUCUUAUAGUGCCCUUCUGCGUGGUGCCCUAAUCGCGCCUAUCCUUUGGGCCUUGUCGCCCAAAGGCCGAGUAUGUGGGCCUUAGUACUGUUUCAUCCAAGCCGAGUAUAGCUGAUCGGCUUAGCUGACCGGCUUAAAGUACUCUGAGGUCGAGCUGACGUCUCUAGCCGCUAAGCCGACUAAGCUUGAUCGACCUUGUCGGGCUAGGGCCUGUUAUGUGAUGGGCCUUGUGGAGGGAUGUAAUCCAUCUCCUACAAUAAGUCCCCCCCCAGUUCACUUGUGAGCGGCUUGUCGGUCUCAGUGAAUUUGUGGGUCAGGUUCGUUCAUAUAACAGGGCCUAAUGCCGACGACAGCUCGUUUUACUGGUGUAUGGUUUUAGUCACGUGCCGCGUCUAGUCGCUCCGCGUUACGUCUUCUCACGAUGCGUUGUGUUUUACUCGGGAGGUAAACUUCUCGGAUUAGGAGUCCAGGCGGUCUUUGGAUGGUUAACUCUGUCGAAUUGGUUCGGGCUAGAACCGGAGAUUAAUUUCGGUCCGGUUUCUUGAUUGAAAACCGGUUUUGGCGAGAAACCGAACCGUCGCGAGUAGGUUUUUGGGCAUUUAGGCGGCCUUUGAAGCCCAUUUAGGCCUUUGUAGACCUAAUGAUGACGCUUCGAAGGAUGCGCCUCGUUUUUGCUAUAAAUAGGCGUCUCUCCUUUGCUUUCGUCAUUCUUCUCUGCAAGCUCAGGUAUUCCACUUUCUCUCCCUUCUCUCUACUUUUAUUUUCUCUCUCUAGAUAAGACUUCCGUAGCAUAGGGUUUUUUGCUAGCGAUCUAGCUGGUUUAGUCGUCCCCCCGAGUAGAAGAGAUAUGGCUUCAGGGAAUCGGCUAUCGCGCGAGGAAAAAGGGAAAGAUAUAGCUACUUCGCCAAGCCCGGCUAGGGAUGCGGACGGGGGUCCGUUGGAGGAUUUCGACAUAAUCCAUCGUGAUGCUCUGCGGGAUACGGAGAACAUGAGCCUUUCCCAGCGCCUUCUGGUCGCUGAUGCCCAUAGACAGUUUCGCGAAGAAAUCGAAGAAAACGUUGAGGGCGAGGAUAGAGAGGCGAGUGGUUCUGAAGCGCCUAGCCUUGUCGUAAGACCUAGGAGACGGGCUCGUCGGAGGGGUCGUAUCGACCAGUCAGGCCGUCUCCCUGCUCCGAGAAGUGUUCCGUUCUACGAAGUAGACUGUCGUCCUGUGAUAUAUCACCCUGGUGGGAUUUUCGAAGAACUACCUUCGCUGCCUCCCGAAGCGUUACGCGACCCGCGAGUUCAAUCGUGGGGAAACGUUUUCAGUUCCUGUUCUUCCAACGAGACCGUGAAGAGAUUGCUAAGAGAGAGUGGUGGCGCUGGAGUCACCUUCCUCAUUCCGUCAAUCGAUCAGCGGCCGUGGUCGCCACCGGUUGGUUACCAGUGCAUAUAUGAAUCUUCCUUCAAGGAUCAGACGAAGCUCUGGUUCCCAAUCCCCAGACUGAUCACGUCUUACGCAUUUCGUCGGGAUAUCGCCAUUUCUCAGCUGCUGAACGGGUCGCUGCGCAUAGCCGUCAUGUUGAUGGUUAUGGCAGCGGAGAUGGAUGUUUCGAUGAGCGUGAGGGUGUUUGAGGAGCUGACUUUCACGAAGGCGGAGCCUAACGGGAUCUUCUCGGUAAAGAUGAGAGCGAGUUACAACGUUUUGACUGGUCAUCCCAACAAGACGCAGGAUUGGCAACGCGCAUACUUCUUCAUUAAGUCCGACGAGCAUGCCUUCGAGGAGCCGCCGGGGGACGAUUAUCGCGUUUUAUGGAAUCAGCAACUUGUUCGUCAUCCCAAUACAAUUGCCUAUCCAGAGAAAUUCUUCGAAACUGCUCAACUGAUCGCGACGCAUAGUCAUCUCAGGUGGCCGGAUCUUAGUCGGGAGUGGAUACGUCGGCAACAAGCUAGGAUCGCCAGAGGUAAAGUUGCCGUUUACCCUAGAGAGAUGCUCUUGAACCUUUUUCAUAGUCUCCGUGUCUGAUUUCUCUUUCUUGUAUAGUUGAUUGGGAAUCGAGACUUCCUUGUG